UAGAGGAGGGUUCGGAGGAGCUAUGUCCGCCAUCUUGAAGAUUCGGUGAUGGUGGAGAGCAGCAGUUUUCCCGCCUGAGCGGGGGGUCCGCCGGGGGUGGGGGGAGACGCACUCUCUGAGGCAUCUCAAAUAUUGUGUAGCUUUCUUGAUUUGUGAUACACUAGCCUUCUAGAUUUGAAUGUUUAAAUUCUGAUUUCGCUGAUGGUACCUCCAGUAGUCUUUGCACCUUUCAAUUGUGAAGAAAUCUGCUUCAUCUUAACCUAAUUCAGUCUGCUAAUCUGCUAAUACUGUAGAUUGAAAGAUUUUGCUGUUGCCAGGAUACCCUGUAAUGGGCAAGAAGCCACAAAGAAUAGAAUUUUUUUUUCUUUUUAAACUUUUCUGUUAACAGGGUCCUGGCCUCCUGUUGAAAAGUGAUGGAGUAAUCUGGUCAGCAUCUGCCAUAUUGAGAAACCAGCCCCUAAUUCAGCUUGCCUGGGAGAAAGUUUGUGAAAUAACACAGUAACAUGUUUGCAGUAACCAGCAUGUUUUGGAAAUUUGAUCUUCACUCAUCAUCCCACAUAGACACACUUCUAGAGAGAGAAGAUGUAACACUGAAGGAAUUGAUGGAUGAAGAAGAUGUUUUACAAGAGUGCAAAGCGCAAAACCGCAAACUUAUAGAGUUUCUUUUGAAAUCGGAAUGUCUGGAAGAUCUAGUUUCAUUCAUUAUAGAAGAGCCACCUCAAGACAUGGAUGAAAAAAUCAGAUACAAGUAUCCAAACAUAUCUUGUGAGCUGCUUACUUCAGAUGUUUCACAGAUUAAUGAUAGACUGGGAGAAGAGGAAUCAUUACUAACAAAACUGUACAGUUUUCUUCUAAAUGAGCCCCCUCUAAAUCCAUUAUUGGCCAGUUUCUUCAGCAAGGUGCUAAGUAUCCUUAUUAGUAGAAAACCCGAACAGAUUGUGGAUUUCUUAAAGAAAAAGCAUGAUUUUGUAGACCUCAUUAUAAAGCAUAUAGGGACCUCUGCUAUUAUGGACUUAUUGCUCAGGCUGCUGACAUGCAUAGAACCUCCACAGCCCAGGCAAGAAGUAUUAAAUUGGCUAAAUGAAGAGAAAAUUAUUCAGCGGCUUGUUGAAAUUGUGCACCCUUCUCAAGAUGAAGAUAGACAUUCAAAUGCGUCCCAGUCACUCUGUGAAAUUAUACGCUUGAGUAGAGACCAGAUGCUACAAGUACAGAACAGUUCAGAACCAGAUCCACUGCUUGCAACACUAGAAAAAAAAGAAAUAAUUGAACAGCUGCUAUCAAAUAUUUUUCAUAAAGAGAAAAACGAAUCUGCGAUAGUCAGUGCAAUUCAGAUAUUGUUGACCUUACUGGAAACAAGACGGCCAACGUUUGAAGGUCACAUAGAGAUUUGCCCCCCAGGUAUGAGCCACUCAACAUAUUCAGUCAACAAGAGUGUAUUAGAAGCCAUAAAAAUAAGACUUGCAUCCUUCCAUGAACUGCUCUUGGAACCGCCCAAAAAAAGUAUUAUGAAGACAACAUGGGGUGUGUUGGAUCCACCUGUAGGGAAUACCAGAUUAAAUGUGAUAAGAUUAAUAUCCAGCCUUCUACAGACAAAUACAAACAGCGUAAACCUGGAACUUAUAGAGCUCAAUAGCAUAGGAGUUAUACUGGACAUGUUUUUUAAAUACACAUGGAAUAAUUUUUUGCAUACUCAAGUAGAAAUUUGUAUUGCAUUGAUCCUUGCAAGUCCAUUUGAAAGCACAGAAAAUGGUACAAUCUCAGAUCAGGAUGCCAUUGGAGACAACCUUUUGCUGAAACAUCUUUUCCUUAAGUGCCAUUUAAUAGAACGAAUACUUGAAGCUUGGGAGAUGAAUGAGAAGAAACAGGGUGAAGGAGGAAGGCGAUAUGGCUAUAUGGGUCACUUAACAAGAAUAGCUAACUGUAUCGUGCAUAGUACUGAUAAAGGGCCAAACUGUACACUAGUCCAGCAGCUUCUUAAAGAGCUUCCUGAUGAAAUUAGAGAACGAUGGGAGACUUUCUGCACAAGCUCCUUAGGUGAAACCAACAAAAGAAAUACAGUGGAUCUAGUUACUACCUGUCAUAUUCAUUCAUCCAGCGAUGAUGAAAUUGAUUUUAAAGAAACUGGUUUUUCACAGGAUUCCUCUUUGCAGCAAGCCUUUUCUGAUUAUCAGAUGCAACAAAUGACGUCCAAUUUUAUUGACCAGUUUGGCUUCAACGAUGAGAAGUUUGCUGAUCAAGAUGAUAUCGGCAACGUUUCUUUUGAUCGCGUAUCAGACAUCAAUUUUACCCUCAAUACAAAUGAAAGUGGCAAUAUCGCUUUGUUUGAGGCAUGCUGCAAGGAGAGAAUACAGCAGUUUGAUGAUGGUGGUUCUGAUGAAGAGGAUAUCUGGGAAGAAAAACAUAUUGCUUUUACAUCAGAAUCUCAGAGAAGAUCCAGCUCAGGCAGUACAGACAGUGAAGAGAGUACAGAUUCUGAAGAAGAGGAUGGAACGAAGCAGGACUUGUUCGAAUCAAGCACCAAUACAGAAGACAAGAUGGAAGUAGACUUGAAUGAAGCACCUAACUGGUCAGCUAACUUUGAUGUUCCUAUGGAAACCACACAUGGCACCAAUCUAGAUUCUGUUGGGUCUGAUGUAUGGAGCACUGAAGAACCUAUGCCAGCAAAAGAAACUGGCUGGGCUUCUUUUUCAGAGUUCACGUCUUCUCUAAGUUCAAAAGAUUCCCUAAGAAGUAACUCACCUGUGGAGAUGGAAACCAACACAGAGCCAAUGGAUCCUCUGAGUGCAAAUGUAACUGCACUUGCAACUCAACCAGAAGCCGCAGGAAGUGUUGCAAUGGAAGCUGGUUCUGAUGGAGAAGAUGAUGUAGAAAAUGCAGAUAAGGUGACUGAGACAGUAAUGAAUGGCAGCAUGAAGGAGACCCUUAGCCUUACUGUAGAUGCAAAAACUGAAACUGCUGUCUUCAAAAGUGAGGAAGGAAAAUUGUCUACCUCGCAAGAUGCUUCUUGUAAAUAUGUGGUGGAGGAAAACACAGAAGCUGGAGAAGAAAAUCCUAUCACUCCACAGCCUGCUUGCAGCAGUCUGGAACAGAGGACUGAUCAACAAGCUCUUCUAGCAGAGGCAUCUGUUAACGGCCCUGUAUGAUAUGUGAUCUCGACUGCUGUUGGCUGAAGAUUAUGAACUGAUACCCAAGGAUUUGUGUCUCUUGAGGAUUUCAUCUAGAGCCUAUUGGAGCCAGUCACUGCUGCACUAAUUUCACAAGGGAUCAGGACCAGCAACAUUUAUAUUCUAGAUUUUAAGACAUUGUACAGAAAUUCAUAAGUGUAAAAAUUGCACAUUGAGAAAUACCAAGAAAUUUUUGCGUAUGUUUAUAUUGUAUUGUUCUAAAUGAUGGGUGGCCUGUGAAAUAAGAUCUUGCCACCCAAGUAACAAUAGUAGUGAUACUAUAAUUAAAAUGGCUGUAAGAAUAGUUUUAUAAAAAAGUGAAUACACAAUUCUAAUGUAUUUGAGGCAUAACUAUUUGACAAUUAGUGACCAAAGUAUUUAGCAGUUUUCAUAAUUUUUUCACCCUAAAAAAUCCUGAAGUCCAUGUUUCUUUCAGUUUGGCAAAGAAUUGUUCAACUGCAAUGCCCUUUAAAUGUUUUGGUUGUUUUAGAUUUAAAACAAUGAUUUAAAAAUAAUUUUUGGUGUUCAACAUUUUACAGCAGGCUUUCAAUUGGUAAUUGUUUUCUGUAUUGUUUAAACCAGAUCAAAUGUAAGUCUAUUGGUAGAGAUUUUAAGUAUUUAUUGCUACAACUUAGUUGACAAAUUGAUGUUAUUGUAAAGCCAUACGUUCUGUUCAGUCUUGUUUGCUUGAAACAAUACCUUACAGGUGAAACACUAUAAUAUUUUGAAGUGCACAUGGCUUGUUGUGUAUUUUUAAGUGACUCACCUACUUUUUUAACCCAUUCACCAAGAUGUACUUUAAUUCAGAGCAUUAUAAAAUUAAACAUUUUGGAACAAUCUUCAUAUUUAAAACACUGUAAUCCUUUUGACAAAUCAACUAAAUAUAAUGAAAUGCCCAUGCUGCUCAUGUAAUUACAGUUCAUGUGUUUUAAAGGUAUAAUAUCUUUAAAUAUCAAAAUUGGGCACUUGAGCAUGUUAAUUGUUAUACUUUCACUGUUUUGAUCUGUGUGAAGUUUUUCAUUUGUAAGUUUUAAACCAGUUUUUUCAUACCUGGCUUGUGUAUAUAUAUAUAGUGAUUAUGGAAACUAAUUGUAAUUUAUAAUUUUCUAUGUCAUAAAAUUCCAACCGCCUUCUCAAACGGAAGCAAUAUAAUGUAUAUUGCCACAUUGUCUGGUGGAAGGGUUAAAGUACUUCACCUCUUGCACUUUUAGAUGCAAAUCCAUUUUUAUUUCUUUAAUAGAAAGGUAUUCAUUUAUUUUUACAUCAUUUGUUUUCCUGACCAGUAUUUAAAAGCCAAAAGGAUACUCUAAACAAUGGCCAAUGACUUAUUUUAGAAAGUGUCCCAAGCUAUGUGCCUAAUACUACAUUGCAUACAGAAAUAAAGACAAAUGUAUACUGGUA